AUGUCCUCAUCCAAAACCCUCACCAUAGACACACCGACUUUCUUCAUCACCUCCCACAACACACUCUCUUCACAAUCCCCACAACCCUCUACACCACCCCUCUCUUUCUCUCUCCUCUCCACUGACUCUCCUCUCCCUCCAAUUCCCACAAACUUCCCCCAGUCCAAACUCAUCCCCAAAACCCGCUUCAUCAUCGACGGCUUCAAAUUCUCCGGCGAUUACUCCAUUUCGUACUUUCUCUCUCAUUUCCACUCCGAUCACUACACCGGCCUCUCCCCUACUUGGUCCAAAGGAAUCAUUUUUUGCUCCCACACCACUGCGCGCCUUCUCAUUGAAAUACUCAAAGUACCAGAACCUUUUGUUCUCGCGUUAUCGUUAUCUGAGCCGGUUUUAAUUGAUGGGUGUGAGGUUUUGUUGAUUGAUGCGAAUCAUUGUCCGGGGGCUGUCCAAUUUUUAUUUAAAAUUCCGGGGAACGAUGGGAAGUUUGAGAGGUAUGUACAUACUGGUGAUUUUAGAUAUUGUGAUUCAAUGAAAUCAGGACCUUUGUUAAGUGAAUUUAUUGGUUCUGAUGCUGUUUUUCUGGAUACUACUUACUGUAACCCAAAAUUCGUGUUUCCUUCGCAAGAGGAGUCUAUUGAUUAUAUCGUUAGUGUGAUAGAGAGAAUUAAGGUCGAAAACGAGGGUAAUUUGAAGAAUGUUUUGUUUCUUGUUGCUACUUAUGUUAUUGGGAAAGAGAGGAUUUUACUUGAAAUUUGGCAGAGGUGUAAUAAGAAGAUACAUGUUGAUGGUAGAAAGUUGGCUGUUUUGAGUGUUUUGGGGUUUGGCGAAGAUGGGGUGUUUACUGCGGAAGAAUCUGAGAGUGAUGUGCAUGUUGUUGGGUGGAAUGUGUUGGGUGAGACUUGGCCGUUUUUCAGACCGAAUUUUGGGAAAAUGAAAGACAUCAUGAAUGUGAGGGGGUACUCUAAGGUCGUGGGCUUUGUGCCGACAGGCUGGACUUAUGAAGUAAAGAGGAACAAGUUUGCUGUGAGGACAAAGGAUUCCUUUGAGAUACAUCUAGUACCUUAUAGUGAACAUUCGAACUACGAUGAGCUUAGGGAGUAUGUGAAAUUCUUGAAACCAAAGCGUGUAAUUCCCACCGUUGGGGUGGAUGUUGAGAAACUUGAUAAUAGCAAAUAUGCUAAUGCAAUGCUGAAGCAUUUUGCUGGGUUGGUUGAUGAAAUGGCCAUCAAGCAAGAAUUUUUGACUGGGUUUCAUCAUGGAGCCCGGGAAGUGGAUGAGAAGCUUGAAAAGGAUUGCCCCACUGUCUCGAACAAUGUGUUAGAUGAGGGUAGGGAACUAAGUUCAGCAGAACCGAAACCCAACAAUGAUGUGGAAAGUGUUACUAACUCUGCAUUUCCUCUGCGAGUACCUGAUUCCAAAAACAGCAAUGGAUUAAAUGAAUAUUUGACAGAGGAAAGUAUACAAGAACUUCGAGAUUGUUUGCCAACUUGGGUCACCCAAAAUCAGAUGUUGGAUCUGCUCAGUAGCUCAGGUGGAAAUGUUGUUGACGCAGUUUCUAAUUUUUAUGAACAUGAAACCGAAUUUCAUGAUCAGGUCACUGCUAGUACAUCUUCUGCUUGUAUACCCCAGACAAGCUCAUUUGACGAGUCUGCAGCACCUUCUGAUUCACGUAUUUUUAACAGCUCUCAGAGAAGUGAGGAUGUAUCUUUAAGUCACAGUAAUAAAUUACCUAGCAUGGUGCAUUCAGCUAAAACCUGUGUUUCUCCUGCCAAAAGGGGGAAAAAUCCUGAGAAUAAGCCAUACAAGAAAGCAAGAAUCAAAUCAAGUUUGGCAUCUAGUGGACAAAAACAAUACACAAUCACAAGAUUCUUCAGUAAACUUGUGCCUAUUGUCUCUCAAGGUGGUCAGCUUGAAUCUAUGUCUGAGCAGAGUCAGAAGAAUACAGAUUUGCUGUCAAAUGACACUUUUAAUUUAUGCAAAGGGGUGGUGGACCAGUUUAUUCAUAUUGUAAAUGGAAGUGAAUCAUUGAGAAGCUAUGCUGCCACAAUCCUAGAUGAAACAAAAGGAGAUAUAAAUAAGGCACUGGACGUGUAUUAUAGUAGCCCUGAGGGUAGCCUUGGUGAGAAUAAAGAGAGGUUGAUAGAGAAAAGCAAAUUGGUUCAAUCUCAAUGCCACACUGGAAUAUGCUCAUCCAACCAAGGGCCUAAACCAUUAGAGAGACUGGGAAAUAUUACUGAAAGGUCUACACCAGGACUAUCGACAGACAAUGUGGCUGUGAAUUACAUAUCACUACCCCCAGAGAAAUAUUCUCCUAGAGAGCAUGCAUGCUGGAGGGAUGGAGAGCCUGCUCCAUAUCUACAUCUUGCACGAACUUUUGACCUGGUUGAGGAUGAAAAGGGAAAGAUAAAAGCCACAUUAAUGCUUUGCAAUAUGUUCAGGAGCUUGCUGGCCUUGUCUCCAGAGGAUGUGCUACCUGCCGUGUACUUGUGCACAAAUAAGAUUGCUCCUGACCAUGAAAAUAUGGAACUGAAUAUUGGUGGAAGCAUAGUUGUAGCAGCACUUGAGGAGGCGUGUGGGACUAACAGAUCUAAAAUACGGGAUCUGUACAACAGCUUAGGUGAUCUUGGUGAUGUUGCUCAACGCUGCCAACAAACACAGUCAUUACUUGCCCCUCCAGCUCCUCUUUCUAUCCAAGGUGUUUUUUCGAUGCUCCAAAAGAUAAG